UCUUAGCCAGAUCAGAAUGUGAUAGUAUGUGGCUGACAAACAGAAGAAAGUGAAAACUUUUAAUCUUAAAACCAUUAAUGGCUCAGCUCCUCCUUUAUUUUUAUAAUACAACUUUUAACAAACAUCUACUAGACGAUUAAAAAUAGGCUAACGCCGGUAUUUCAGUGAAAAAUGUCGCUUUUGACUUCACAGUAAAGAGACAGGGAAAGAUAUGCUCUUAAAACAGAAAGAUCCUUUACAGACUGAGGGCGCUAACAGCAGGAUCUGGUGAAGGCGGUACUGGGUUUUCCACGUUCAGCGAGUAUGGAGGGUUAGCGCACCACGGAAGUGUAUUGCAAGCAAUGCCUCGGAAGAAGGGUGCUCACUACUAUCCGGGGGGGAAGGCCCCCACAUCCUUAUUCAUACUCAAGGAGGACAACAUUAUAAGAAGAUACACAAAGUUUAUUAUUGAAUGGCCUCCCUUUGAGUAUGCAGUCCUGUUAACAAUCAUAGCCAAUUGUAUAGUUCUGGCACUAGAGGAGCACCUUCCGAAAGGAGAUAGAACGCCCUUAGCCCAGAAAUUAGAGAAAACAGAACCCUAUUUCCUUGGUAUUUUCUGUGUAGAAGCCUUACUGAAAAUUGUAGCAUUGGGGUUUAUAGUACACAAAGGUUCAUAUCUUCGUAACAUUUGGAAUAUCAUGGAUUUUGUAGUAGUCGUCACGGGGUUCAUUACCUCCUAUGCAUCUGAUAACUUAGAAGUAGAUUUGAGAACACUUAGAGCUAUAAGAGUGCUUCGGCCUCUGAAGCUCGUUUCUGGGAUUCCAAGUCUUCAAGUAGUAUUAAAAUCUAUUAUCAAGGCUAUGGCGCCUCUCCUUCAAAUUGGCCUUUUGGUGCUUUUUGCCAUUGUCAUUUUUGCAAUUAUUGGCCUUGAGUUUUACAAUGGUAUUCUUCAUAAGACAUGCUACAGCUUAGAAGAUUCAAGUGAAAUAGUUACCGAGGGUGAACAGGAAGUUCCCUGCUAUAACACCUUGGACCCAGCAAACGCCCCACAAGGAGCACGCACGUGUGACCCAGGGGCAGCGACCUGCUUGGAGAGCUGGACGGGGCCCAACUUUGGUAUCACUAGCUUCGAUAACAUUUUCUUCGCCAUGCUUACGGUGUUCCAGUGUAUCACGCAAGAAGGCUGGACGUCCAUGUUAUACUGGACAAAUGAUGCGUUAGGUAGCACAUUCAACUGGAUCUACUUUGUACCUCUCAUCAUUCUUGGAUCGUUUUUUAUGCUCAAUUUAGUUCUUGGAGUUCUAAGCGGUGAAUUUGCAAAAGAAAGGGAAAGAGUUGAAAACAGACAAGCUUUUCUAAAGCUUCGACGUCAGCAACAAUUAGAACGGGAAUUAAAUGGUUAUGUCGAAUGGAUAUGUAGAGCAGAGGAAGUUAUCCUAGCGGAAGAAAGGACUACAGAAGAAGAGAAGUUGCAUAUUAUUGAAGCACGAGGGCGAGCAGCAGCCAAACGAAAGAAGCUAAAAAGUAUGCACAGUAAAAGUACAGAUGACGAAGAAGAAGAGAUAGAUGCGGAUGCCCCCACAAAGACGGGUAAACUAAAAGGGUUUGUAAGGGCUUCCUACCUCAAGUCUAAAGUCAAGAAUAAAGGAGCGUGCAAAACGUUUUGGCGAGCAGAAAAAAGAUUUAGGUUCUUUAUUCGACACCUUGUUAAAACCCAAGUGUUUUACUGGGUUGUGAUUGCGCUGGUGUUUCUUAACACCGUAUGCGUAGCCAUAGAACACUACAACCAGCCGAAAUGGCUAACUGUUUUUUUAUAUUGGACAGAGUUCGUUUUCUUGGGACUCUUCAUCUUUGAAAUGUUUAUGAAGAUGUACGCCUUAGGCCCCCGAAUCUAUUUUGAGUCGUCCUUUAACAAGUUUGAUUGUGUAGUCAUUGCAGGUAGUAUAUUUGAAGUUGUGUGGUCCAGUGUUCGAGAAGGAUCAUUUGGGUUUUCUGUUCUUAGAGCAUUGAGGCUGCUCAGGAUAUUCAAAGUCACCAAGUACUGGUCAUCUCUCAGAAACUUGGUGAUAUCUCUCCUCAGUAGCAUGCGGUCCAUUAUCAGUCUUCUCUUCUUGCUCUUUCUUUUCAUCCUCAUCUUUGCUCUUCUAGGAAUGCAGUUAUUUGGUGGAGCCUUCAAUUUUCCCGAUGGCACACCAUCUGCCAAUUUCAACACUUUCCCCAUUGCGUUGCUCACCGUCUUUCAGAUCCUUACGGGGGAAGAUUGGAACGAGGUAAUGUACAGGGGAAUCGAAUCUCAGGGGGGUAUCCAUGGUGGCAUGAUUUAUAGCCUAUACUUCAUCAUUCUUGUUCUUUUCGGAAACUAUACCCUUCUGAACGUAUUUUUGGCCAUUGCUGUCGACAACUUGGCCAAUGCGCAAGAAUUAACUGCAGCAGAGGAAGAAGAAGCUGAAGAAGACAAAGAGAGAAACCAGGAGGAACUUGAAAAGGAAAUGGCCGAUUUUUAUGCCAACAACUCAGGCAUUGAUCCUCCUCAAGUCAACAUAUGUCCGCCUUCUCCACAGAAUACUUCUGAAAGGAAAUCACGACAGUUCAAUUAUGACCAAGAUAACUCGAAAAACUCAAAGAGAAGCCAGGAAAAGCUCGAUAAGGAGAUAGACAAAAGAUCACUGAAUGAACAUGAGCAGAUGAAUGAAAAUAUCGAGUUGUCAGAAGAUGAAGAUGAAGAUAACCCCCAUAAUGAAGAUGAAGAGGAAAAAGAUGAUGCAAUCACUGGACCUAAACCUAUGCUGCCAUACUCGUCAAUGUUCAUCUUGUCACCCACAAAUCCGAUCCGACGCGCCGCCCACUACAUUGUUAACCUCCGUUACUUUGACCUCUUCAUAAUGAUCGUCAUAUCCCUCAGCAGCAUAACCCUAGCAGCUGAAGACCCGGUAGUAGAAGACUCGGAGAAAAACAGAAUUCUCAAUUUUUUUGAUUACGCAUUCACUGGAGUUUUCACUUUGGAAAUGAUGUUAAAGGUUGUAGAUCAAGGAAUAGUCUUACAUCCGGGUUCUUACUGCCGAGAUCCAUGGAACAUAUUAGACGCAAUUGUUGUAAUUUGUGCUCUUGUUGCCUUUGCUUAUGCAGGUAGCAGUACGGGACAAAAUUUAAGCACCAUAAAAUCCAUGAGAGUUCUUCGAGUUCUGCGGCCGCUUAAAACUAUAAAACGUGUCCCAAAGUUAAAGGCGGUGUUUGAUUGUGUGGUGACGUCAUUGAAAAAUGUGUUCAAUAUCCUUAUUGUAUAUAUCCUUUUCCAAUUCAUCUUUGCUGUGAUAGCUGUACAGCUCUUCAAUGGGAGGUUUUUCUUUUGUAACGAUGAAUCCAAACUCACAAAAGAAGAAUGCGAAGGAGAAUACUUCGUCUUCACAGAAGAUGGAAAGCCACCGGAAGUUAACAAACGACUAUGGGAGAAACGACCAUUUCACUACGAUGACGUCAUGUCCGCAAUGUUAACGCUUUUCACAGUUUCGACAGGCGAAGGUUGGCCUGCAGUUCUACAAAAUUCUAUGGACGCAACGUAUGAAGAUUAUGGACCUCUACCCAGAUUUCGCAUUGAAAUGGCAAUUUUUUAUGUUGUUUUCUUCAUCGUUUUUCCGUUUUUCUUUGUGAAUAUCUUUGUGGCCUUGAUCAUUAUUACAUUUCAGGAGCAAGGAGAAAAAGAAUUAGAAGAAGGCGAUCUCGACAAAAAUCAAAAAUCUUGUAUUGACUUUGCAUUACAAGCCAAGCCACUUCAGCGUUAUAUGCCUAAAAACAAAGACAGUAUCAAAUACAAAAUGUGGAAACUUGUCGUAUCGACAGGCUUUGAGUACUUUAUCAUGGUUCUCAUUGUCCUCAAUACAUUACUAUUAAUGAUGAAGUACUACAAGGCAGGCAAUUUGUACCUUGACAUUUUAAGCUACAUGAACGAGGCUUUCACAACACUCUUCCUACUCGAAUGUAUCCUCAAACUUGUGGCUUUCGGAUGCAAGAAUUAUUUUCGUGACGGAUGGAACACCUUCGACUUUAUUACUGUUGUUGGAAGUGUCGUGGACGCACUGGUGAUAGAAAUAGGGGUCAAUUUCUUCAACGUGGGUUUUUUGAGAUUAUUUCGUGCUGCCCGUCUUAUCAAGCUUCUUCGACAGGGUUACACCAUCAGAAUUCUGCUAUGGACAUUCAUUCAGUCUUUUAAAGCCUUACCUUACGUCUGCCUGCUCAUUGCCAUGCUUUUCUUCAUUUACGCCAUCAUCGGAAUGCAGGUUUUUGGUAAUAUCGCCCUCAAUCCUGAAACUUCCAUAAUGCGCCAUAAUAACUUCCGCAACUUCUUUCAAGGACUUAUGCUUCUCUUCAGGUGUGCAACCGGAGAAAACUGGCAAGCAAUUAUGUUGUCUUGUAUCAAAGGACGACCCUGUGACCCUCGCUCCAGCAAGUCUGGAGACGAGUGUGGAAGCAACAUUGCGUACAUGUACUUCGUCAGUUUCAUCUUUUUGUGCUCUUUUUUGAUGCUUAAUCUCUUCGUCGCCGUGAUCAUGGAUAACUUUGAUUACCUAACUAGAGACUCGUCUAUCUUGGGCGCUCACCAUCUCGACGAAUUCAUUCGAGUUUGGGCAGAAUACGACCCUAGUGCAACCGGCUAUGUUCACUACACACAGAUGUACGACAUGCUCCGAAACAUGGAUCCUCCCCUGGGAUUCGGCAACAAAUGUCCAUAUAGAUUGGCGUACAAAAAAUUAAUCCGUAUGAACAUGCCUAUUACAAAAGAAGCGGGAACGGUAAAUUUCACAACGACCCUGUUUGCUUUGAUUCGAGAAAAUCUUAGCAUAAAAAUGAGACCUGCUGACGAAAUGGACUUAGCAGACAGAGAACUCAGGGAAACAAUUCGAAAAAUAUGGCCUUUUCAAGCAAAGAAACUACUGGAUAGGAUUUUACCACAAGACGAUGUUCUCCGGGAAGGAAACCUCACAGUUGGGAAGAUAUAUGCUGGUUUAUUGAUCCUAGAGAACUGGAAAACCACACGAUUUGGACAAUUACCAACUGAAGAAAAUCUGUCAGAGGAAAAUGCCCCUUCUUCUAAUUCUCAGGCUGAUUCAACGCGACCGUCCUUGCUUCGCCGCCUGAUGGGCGCAGUCAGAAACUCGAAUUCACGAGCUAGUCAUGAAAGUCUUAAUCAAGACGAGGAUCAUUAUGAGGAUGCUGAAAGCCGAUCUCUUCGAUCGCGACCUGGAUCGUUCCGAAACUCAAGACUGAGCAUCGACAAAAUCCAGGAUAACUCGGAGCGGACGUGGCAGCGGUCCUUCAGUUUCCUUCGUCGUGGAAGCAGUCGGAGAAAGCGUAACAGCGGAGAGAGCGAACCUUCCGGAUCGCAGGGCAUCGAAAUGUUGGACGUGAAUGUAACAGGACCACCAUCAACUGAUAAUGCAGACGGGGAACCAGGACCCGAGGAAGAAAAAGAAACUCAUCUUCAUCCUUGUGAUCACGAUUAUCACCACAGCCGAUCGCGAUCUCCCUCCCCAGAAAGAUUCAGGCAUGACUCCCUAACUCCCCCACGACGAGGGAGAUCCCCAACCCCCAUCAGGAGGUCUUCUUCUCGACGGGGUGGCCACGACAUUGGAUUUUCUGAAGCUGUGACUGAUCUUGUAGACAGAGUAAAGUAUGAGACAAGCCGCAGAGGAAGAGCGAAAGCUAAACUUAGGGGCGAUGAGUUCGGCAUCGCUGGUCAAGGGCGGACGUUUCGAGGAAGAUCGCCGAUUCGCUCUAUGCCAGGUAAGCCGUCGCCCUGGCGAACAUCCUCACCUUUACGAGGGCGGAGUCGAAGUAUUAGCCCAGAAUACCGGACGACGUGUUUCUACAGGCGAUCACGUAGCCCCAGCCCGAACUCCACUCCAGGCCACAGUGAGUAUUAUGGUAGAACCCAGUUAGAACAAAGAUCACGUAGCCCAAGUCCAGCUUCUGCGCAUAGCCUACCGUUACAGCGAAUGCCAAAAGGGAGGAAAUUGCCUCCAACCCCCAACAAGCCCUCAACCUUGCGCCUUGAUGUUCGAUCAGUGGAAGGGAUCAAUUUUCCUAUUGUGUCUCAUUCGCCUACACUGCCCCAACCUAAUAAUAAGACCCCCUUUAGUAUUAAUUUUCCCAAAGUGAAUGCCUCGCCUACUCAUCUGCCAAAGUCUCAACUGCCGUUCUGGCGCCAGAGAACAACUUCAAGUGUAAGGUCUCACAGCCCUUCACUAAAGCAAGGAGAAAGAACUGGUAGUAGUAUUAGUUUGCCACGUACUCAACAGAAGACUCAUAGUAUUGAUCGACAUCAUCAAACUAUUCUGCCUUAUACGGACAGAAAUUUUGGCACUCUUGGUCAUAUUAGUGAACCCCUUAGCUUUGAAGCAGCCGCAGCUAUUGGAAUGGGUUCACGUCAGCUUCCAUCGCCAUUACCUAACGGUUACAAGCCGGGCCAAAGAGAACGUGAAAGACUACGCGAAAGAGUGAAUAAAGAACCAUCUCUAGCAAGCUUACGGACAGGCCACAUGGGGCCGCAAAGUGACUCCGAAGAUGAUUGGUGCUAGAUAGCCAAUCUCUCUUUCGCAUAAGAAUAGUUACAAGUGAGUGUCCUUUGUUUUUACGUAUAGAAAAAAACAAAUGUAUGUUCUCCUUACUGAAAAACAGACACUAGAUGGAAAUUUAUUAUUGUUUUCCAAAGAAUUGCAAGGAGGAAAAGAAGUGACGUAGAACGUCAUUGUUCCUGAACAAACAAGAAAAAUACUUAUGUAAAUAACAAAUUGUUUUAUUUCUCGUGAUUACGGUUAACACUUCACUUUUGACCUUUUAAUUUCAACUUUAAAGUGUUUUGAUGCUAAAAGCUUUCUUGUUUUUUUCGAUUAACUCUUAUCUUUUUCUUAUACUCCAACCCUCGUCUUUCAUGCUCAUUCAGCUGUGAUAGACCACAAUGCUGCACGUAUGAACUCCAUAAUUUCCGAAGUAUGUCUAGAGUUAAAUUUGACUGAAUAUUUACUUUGCAUCUUGCACAAAAUGUUCACGCUGAAAAAAGGAUAAGAAACUGUGUACCAAUGUUAUAAUAUUUUUCAGUAUAUAUAUAUAUAUAUAUAUAGUUUAUUUAUAAAUGUCAGAAUCUUUCAGUAAUCCCAAAAUAUUUAUCAAAUAUCAGUAUUCAGAGUAUAAGUAUAUUAAAUCUGUCUUAGAGUCUUAUAGCAUAUAAACCUUUUAAAAUUCGUCAAAAAAAUAUGCCAAUGUACUAUUGUUGUUCGGUUUUAUGAACUUUCUUGAUAUUGUAUAAGGCUUAGCAUCAAAGGGGACACAUAAGCAAUUUUUUCGCGAUGUGGUUAUUACUAUCCAAAAUUAAUGAUGUAAUAUUACUCUUAUGUAUUUGUAAGCCAUGUCUGUUUUCACCAUUUUGAAGUUAUUGAGUUAAUUCUAACAUGCUUUUUACUGCAUAAAAUAAAUGAAAAAGUUCUAAAUUUUUUAUUGGAGUACCGUGAAAAGUACAUAAAACAAGCCUUGGUAGACGGCACACUGUUGUAAAUAAAAAUUAAUGCGUGCAGGCUUUUAAGUUGACAAAUUCUCUCAAAUUUAUCUGUGAGUAUUGUCUCCCAUACUUUUCAUAUAUAAUAAAUCGUAAAGUUAGAUAUAAUUGUAAUUUUAAUUCAUCUCCAACAACAAUAAAACAAAUUAUGGCUUUUAAAAAAGCUAUGUGUUUUCAGUCGUGUGAGGCAAAACAUCUUCGUGAUUAAUUUUUUGUCUGAUUGGGCCUUUGUAUAUUUUCAUCUGCUCAGUAUGUUCACCGUAAAUUAAAAAGGAAGCGAGAUUACUUAUGAAUAAUGAAGAUUUUCAAUAGAUAAAAGACCUCCAGAAAAUAAGGAGUGGAUUCCAUGAGGGAGUGAAAUGUAAAUCAGUUAAAAUAUAAAGGUCUUAUUUACCUUUUUCUACUUUCUGUCUUCAUACCAUUUUUUUAUAUUAAACAUAGAGAAGAUUUAAUGUGAUAUACACAUUAAUGUCAAACUAAAGGGAAUGGUAACAUUUUAUUCCUAUCAUAAGCUGAUCUUCACAAAACAUUUCCCAUGAUGGAUUGGAAGAAGGCAUCGUCCGGUCUAGUGUUUGGUCGUGUUGUUGUUCGCGACCUGGGAGAGUCAGGUGCAAUUUUGACCCCUUCCUCCUGAAGGCAUCGCUGAAUAUUGCUGUUUGCUCUUGAAUAGUACCGCUUAUUUCAUCAUUUACUAAUUACUAAAAAGUUCCGCGUUGAUGCGAUACAUAGUUUUUGUCAUGAUAUUUAAUACCCUAAAUGUUUAAGUUUAAAAUUAUUUUAAACCAUCUGGUUAAUUUAAAAUUAAGGUUGUUGUUUGCUAUUAAGCACAAAGGGCUAUCCAUACUCUGCCCAACACGGGUGUGGAAGCCCGGUUUCUAGCAGUUCAAGUCCGAAGACGUACCGCUAUAAAUAAAGACUUAAUUCAGUUAUUAAUUAAAUCCAAACGGUAAUAAGCUUGAGUAUUGUAUUGAAGUUUAAUUAUUUUGCUGCGUGAGUGAAGGAUGGUGUUAUUAAACAUUAUUAUAAAGCUUUUCAGUAUUAAUAAUUUUGGAAAUGCGGACCAUCUAAGAGAUUGAUAACAGAUUAUUCUAUCAUUAUACAAAAUAAGCAAAAUAUGAAAAAGUUAAUUUAUAUUUAUGUAAUUAAUUAAAUUACUUUAACACGUUGACAAUAAAAUAAAACAUUUUAAUGAAAAACGUAUCAAAACUCGAAAACAUAUCAAAUUAUUUACACUAACGACAUUAUAAUAUCAUUCCUUUUCCCUUUAUUUUUUUACAAAUGAUAAUUUUUGUACGCCACACAAUGUCGCGAAAAUUGUGAACAUUUUCUCUUUAAAAACAAAAUUGUACAAUAUACGUUGAUAGUAAUACAUUUUACUUAAACUCUAUACCCAAGCAAACAUAUCAUUACUAUUAUCGUCAAAAUAUUAUCAGAAGUAGUAUGAUAAAUCCUCAUUGGCAUAAAAGUUAGAAAGUGUUCUGUAAACAAGUUUAUUACAUAACUCUGUAAAUUUCGUAUGUAAUCGCCAUCUUCUUUUUUAUCACUUACAACAGUUAAAUGUGCUAGAAAAUAUUGAAUUAUAAUUUCAGAAUAUUUUACUAUAACCUUAAUUUAGCUUCCGUAUCUAAGACUUGGUUAUUUCGUCAUACUUUUGAGGACAAAUAUGAAAUUGACAUUUUCAAUGCCUAUAUAUAUAUAUAUAUAUACAGUUAA